AUGUUCAAUUCUAUAGGAUGUAUUGAAGAAUAAUCAAUUAUUUAACUUCAUCUUACUACUUUAUUAUCAAAGAAUAUUUAAGUUUAAGACCAUGAUAAUAGUAAUAAUGAAAAUAUAUUGUGUUAUUAUACAUCAAAAGUAUGGUUAUUUAGAGAUUUUGUACUUGAAAUGAAAAAUGGAUAAAAUAGAAAGAUUAAAUCAAAAGAAUAUUUAGAAUUUGCAUUAUAUAAUGAUCGUCAAUAUUAGUGUUAGAAUUCUAAAAAUAUUAGAAAAACUUUAUUAACAUGUGUCUUUAGAUUUCUUACAGCUUAUGAUUAAAAAUUUGCUGGAACUGAAAAAGCUAACACAUUUUCAAGAGAAUUAUCAUCCCAUCAUUCUAAAGAAAUUAAUCAAUUCUAUUAUACAAUUAUCAUUAGCUAAUUUAUUAGAUAAAAAUACAGCUAAAAUAAAAAUUAAGAAAAGGAAGAAAAAUCUGUUUAAUGA